UUCGAACAGUGCAGCUCAGACGACUUCCGGCACCCAUCCCGCACUACUCUUCCCAACCAUUUCGCUCUCACCGACGGCAUCACACAGAUCAGGCGCGCGCACGACACGACCGCGGGUCAAGUCGCGCUUGUGUGGCUACUCCUGCAAGGUCCCGACGUCAUCCCCAUUCCC